GCAAGAAGACUUCUUGAUCUCAUCCAACUGAAAGGAAAUGAAGCCGCAAGAUGCCUACUAGAGUUCAUCCACAAUUUAGAGGAAGGAACGAUAGCGCAAGUCACAGACGAUUGUCUGACAUUUCAUAAAAAAUUGAAGAACACCAUAAGUGCUCAAACAAGGUUUCUUAGCACCUACGAUGGGACAGAAAACAUGUGUCUAGAGGAUGUCUAUACAGAAAGUGUCUUGGAACUGUCAAGAACUAAACACAUGUCAGAUCAUGGCAAUGGCUUUCAGAGCACCCUGGGCCUUCAUAACAUUUUUAGUGAUCAGGGAAUUAUAAAUGAAAAUGCUGAUACCAUAAUAAUUCUUGGAGAUGCAGGCAGUGGCAAAAGCACAUUGCUUCAACACAUUCAACAUCUCUGGGCACGUGGACAAGCUUUCCAAAAGUUUUGCUUCAUUUUCCCCUUUAGUUGUAGAAGGUUGUGUUGUAUUACAAAGCCGAUUUGUCUAAAAGCUCUUCUUUUUGAACAAUGUUGCUGGCCUGAUCGACACCAGGAAGAUAUAUUUCAAUUCAUCAUAGAUCAUCCCAGUCAAGUCCUUAUAACAUUUGAUGGAUUUGAUGAGUUAAAAUUUUCUUUCACAGAGGAGAAUAGGCACUGUUCUCCCAUAGAACCUGCAAGUAUUGCAAGCAUUGUUUUUAACCUUAUUGAAGGAAACCUAAUGAAGGACUGCAUGAAAAUUGUUACAAGCAGGCCUGAUGCUGUCACUAUGCCAUUAAGGAAAUACAUCAAGAAAGAAAUCAACUUGAGGGGAUUUUCAGAAGAAGGCAUUGAGACAUUUAUAAGGAAACAUCAUGACAACCCUGACAUAUCCAGAGGUAUCAUUAGCUUGGUAAAAAACAGCUCGUCCCUUACUGGACUGUGCCAUAUUCCAGUCUUCUGUUGGAUUAUUUCAAAGUGUCAUAAGGAACUUAUAAACUAUGACUACAAAACUCCCCAGACUAUGACCGAUAUGUACAUGCUGACUCUAAAACACUUUCUCUUACAUGCUUCAACAAACUUAAAGCGAACACAAAAUAUUCUUUCAGAAAGAACUAACUCUGUCAAACACCUUGGUAUGAUAGCGCUCAUUGGUCUUCACAAAGCUAUGUAUGUGUUUUCUCCCCAAGAGAUUACCAAAGCAGGAAUAACAGAAGAUGAUCUCUCUUUAGGUUUUCUUGUUAUUUCCAAAAACCUUUUAGAUGAAGGACAAACUUCUUUGCACUACUACGAGUUCCUUCAUAUCACAUUUCAAUGCUUCUUUGCUGCUCUGUACAUUGUAAUGAGUGAUGAUAUGGACUCCUCUAUAUUAUACCAACUAUUUAAGUGGAAUAAAAGGGAAACAAGGAACUCGCUUGUUGAAAGACUUCCUAUGCCAUGUGUACAACCUGUUUUUCAAAGACAAACUAAAAUGAAGUUACAAUACAUAGAGAUUAGAAAUCUUCAAAUUACAGCAACAUUUGUAGCUGGGCUUUUUUCAGCUGUACUGAACAGUUUGUUAGUUGACUCAUGGAAACCUGAAAAAACUGACCAAAAAAUGUAA